GAGAGAUGAUCUUGCGAAGUUGCAAACACGAUGCUACCAACCAUCGGGCGCGUAGGCGCGCGCGAGAUAUUGCGGGUAUCUGAUUUAACGUUCAACAGCCCUCCAGUGUACCUCCCCUGGCGUGCGAGGCUGCUCCUGAUACCCUCAACCACGCCCCGCCCCAGCCUCUUGAUCUCCUCUCAAUCACUAGUCACGUCUAUUCCAAGCGAGUCGAGCACUAUGAAGAGAACCACUUUUCCGAUCAACUUCACUAUUGUCGGUGGCGGACUCUCCGGUCUCGCGUGUGCUAUAGCUCUCAGACGCACUGGGUACGAGGUCAUCGUUUUAGAGCGAGACAAGCGGAUCCCUCUGGGUGGUCCUUAUGGUGGCUGCAGACUCACGCCCAAUACAACGAAGGUCCUUCAACAGUGGGGACUCUUGGACGAGAUAUACAAGCGGAGCAGCCCUAUUCUGAACACUGUCAAAUUUUACAAGUGUGGCGAUAACGAGUUCCUGGGACAGCAUGUGUAUACCGACGAGAUGCUGAAGGAAUGUGGUGGCGGUUUCUGGACCUUCCUCAGCCACACGGACCUUCGUGGUAUCCUCUACAAUGCCGCCGUGGAGGCUGGUGCUGAAGUUCGCACUGGCUGCCUCGUCUCCUCCGUAGACCCCGCUUCACAAAAAAUCACCCUUGCCAGUGGAGAGACGCUGACGGGGGGCGUGAUAGUAGGAGCGGAUGGUUCUACUGGUAUUGUGCGAAAGGCGAUUGCAGGUCGCGAACUGAAGCGCUCUCCGGAUGGUUAUACACUCUUCCACACAACCCUGAAGGCGGAACACAUACCGGAAGUGCCCGAAAUUAUGGGAGGAAACGCCGAUGACAACGCUGUCUUCGUCAGAUAUGCGGACGGCUUUUGUGUGUACUCAUACCCGGUUAACCCCGUAGGCGAUCUCGCGAUUCACAUAUAUGCGCCCGACGAUGGCGAGGAUGGCGACUGGAACGAGCAGCCCACCAUUGAUGUUUCCGGCCUAAUUAGCGAACAAGUACCAUGGCGAGUUCAAAUGCUGGCUAAGCUCGCAUCGUUAGUUCCACCAGCGAUCCGCGUUCGCAACUUCGCCCACGAAGAUAUGGACGAUUGGGUGCAUGGAGCCAGCGGACGUGUCGUCGUCGUUGGUGACGCGGCUCACCCCUUCCCGGAGGGUGGUCUGCAGACGAUUGGCAUGCUCAUGGAGGAUGCGGCUGUUUUGGGCAAGAUCUUCUCGUACCUCAAGGAAGAGAAUCAAAUCGCCAACACUCUGUGGGGCUUCCAGGAUAUCCGCCAAACGCACUGCCGCGCAGUGCGGGAGCGCGAAGCCCGCCGGGCACGGUUCUUCACGCUUAAGAGUGGCCCUGAGCAGGAGGCUCGUGAUGCUGCUUUGCGCGACAUGAAGGCGGGGCAGUGGUACGGCGCGGACCUGGUCUUGUACUCCCUUGAAGAACCCCGCGUGCUCUUCGCGUACGACGCGGACGAAGCCGGUGCAGAGUGGUGGCAGACGUGGGGUGUCCUGAACGAGCGUGCGCGCCAUGUGAAAUCCGACAUGGACAAACCAGUGAAAGUUGGUGUCGAGGUCGAGGUCGAGGCGGCCAUCAGUUGAAGCGGCCGAUGACUAGGACGAUGAAGAGUGUGGAUUUAGGGAUAUAUACGUUCUUAAACACGUUGGCUAACUUGUCACAGAUAUAUCUGCAUCACAUCUCGUCGCUAUGCGAGAAAUAUACCAGAACAUUACAUAUACUGUUAUAAG